UCCAGCGGCGAACGGCUAUCAGUGGUGAUUUCUGCUGCACAAUGACUGGAUUAUUCCGGCGUGACUUAUGAACUGAACGACAGGUUGGAAACGAGCGUUAACCAUAAUCGCAAGACGUCAUACAACAGCGUUUGUCUCCCAGCAACAUGUCAAAAACGGACAGUUUCAGGUCUCGUGAAGUCUUCAUCGGCGAGCAGACCGAGGCGGAGGCGAGUCCGACAACCAGAGGCUAAAACAUCGGAACCUUCCGUCUAUUGACCGGGCAUCCUUCUCCUUAAAGUAAUCAUCACAGACUCGCAGAGCGAGUCUGUGAGCUGUGCAGUGCGGGACGCUGUCUGCCCCGUUGUCAUCAGACGUCAUGAGCUGGAGCUUCCUGACGCGUCUGCUGGAGGAGAUCCAGCACCACUCCACGUCGGUGGGGAAACUCUGGCUCACCACGCUAGUUGUGUUUCGCAUCGUGCUGACCGCGGUGGGCGGCGAGUCUAUAUACUACGACGAGCAGAGCAAGUUCAUCUGCAACUCGGCACAGCCGGGAUGUGAGAACGUCUGCUAUGAUGCCUUCGCGCCGCUGUCCCACGUGCGCUUCUGGGUCUUUCAGAUCAUCCUGUCCUCCCUGCCCUCUUUACUGUACAUGGGCUAUGCUGCCAAUAAGAUCUCCCACAGAGAGGAUUUACGGGGCGGCUCGGGGGCUGGGGCUCCAUCCACAGGAGAUUCGGCAGGGGGCGGAUACACUCAACGCAGGCCGCGAAAGAUGUACUUUGGAGCACGGCAGCAUCGGCCAGGACAUGAGGAUGGGGAGGAAGAGCGAGAAGAUGACCCCAUGAUCUACGAAGUGCCUGAGAUAGACACCACACGUCGGGAAUUAGUGCCACCGCGACCUAAACCCAAAGUGCGUCAUGAUGGGCGUAGACGCAUUCAAAACGACGGCCUGAUGCGAGUUUAUGUGCUACAACUGUUGACGCGAUUUGUUCUAGAGGCCAUUUUUCUGGCAGGACAGUAUUUGUUGUAUGGUUUCCGCGUGGAACCUGUUUUUGUGUGCACGGAUGUUCCCUGCCCGCACCGGGUGGACUGCUUCAUCUCACGCCCCACCGAAAAAACCAUCUUCCUCAGAAUCAUGUAUGGCGUCAGCUGCCUGUGCCUGCUGCUAAACCUGUGGGAAAUGAUUCAUCUCGGUGUGGGAACCAUCAGCGAUGUUUUGCGCAAACGAAACGCGGCAGCGAGCGAUGAUGAGUAUCAGCUCGGCCUGCUGGCAUCCGGCGGCGUUUCGGUUGGUGUCGGCGGGCCUUCACUUAGUGAAGGAGAACCUGGAGGUGGAGUUGGAGGUGGUGUUCGAGAGGCGGAUUACGUUGGUUAUCCCUUCUCCUGGAACACCCCAUCUGCGCCACCAGGGUAUAAUAUCGUGGUGAAACCUGAAACAAUGCCCUACACAGACUUGAGCAAUGCUAAGAUGGCGUGCAAGCAGAACCGUGCAAACAUCGCCCAGGAGGAGCAGCAGCAGUACGGCUCCAAUGAGGACAACUUCCCAUCUGCAGGUGAAACACGGCCGCCACCUAUUAACAAAGACGUGAUACAGUUGGAGGCGGCCAUUCAGGCCUAUACCUUGCAGCACCAUGCUAGCAAUAACCACGAUGAACUGGACGACACUAACGAUAUUGACGAGAAGCCUCAGAGCAACAUUACUACAGCGCCACAGAAGGAGCGAAAGCAACGGUCCAAGCAUGGGAAAUCCGGGAGCGCUGGAAGCAGCAGCAGCAGCAAGUCAGGAGAAGGAAAACCAUCUGUCUGGAUCUGACAUCCGCACGCACACCUGAAGGUUACACUCGGCUGGCACGCUCUCGUGCAGUUCUACUUGCGUUUUCAGACACAAAACA